UUUCAAACACACACACACACAGAGAGAUAUAUCUUUACUGCUAUUUUUAUUAUACUCUCUACUCUUAACUUUCAACCGCUACUGCUACUGCUACUGCUACUGCCUAAUUCUUUCUUCAUACAUUAUGCAAAGGUCUCAUCAACAAGACUCUUAUUCACUCUCUACUCUAAUGAGUCAGCCCAAAGAACCUGUUUAUCCAGAUGCCUCUCCUAAAUCACGAUUACAAACCACAAAAGCAUCUCCACCCCGAACACCUCUUCGCCAUAUUAUCCUUCCUGAUUCCCGCGUCCCGGUCUUUUCACCAUCCGCCUCAUUCUCACUCCAGAAAUCUCCCGAAACAAACCCAAACUUUAAAGCGAAUGUCAGACCAAAAACAAAUGUUGCCAAAGAAUUUGCUAGACCCUCACCACUACUAAACUCAUCAAGACCCUCAACCACCGAUAGAACCAAUACCUCGAUUCUCACAAAGACAACAUCAACAACAACUCCACCAAUAACAACUCCACCAACCCCAACAUCAGCCACAUCAGCAACUUGUACAACCCCAUGGACAAGAAAAGAAUGGGAAGACCUUGAGAGAUGGUACGUCCUGACAGACCGCGACAUUGAGCAAGCCUCAAGGGGAUUCUAUCGUCACUACUCUCUCCUGCCGACCGAACAACUCCAGAUCAACGGCAAAACAAAACAGGGGACAAGGGAGUUGUGGCCACUAAAGGACGUCCAAUGGCGUUGUCGGUGCCUCGAUACCAAUGCUCGUUUCAGAUAUGGAAAACUGCCAUCCGAGAGAGUCAUCCGAACUGUGGACAAGAAACGAAAACGAGAAUUGGACAACAACGAUAACGAUAAUAAUGACGAUGACGAUGAUAGCAAUAAUGAUAAUGCUCAUAAUAGCAGUAAAAAUAACCGUUAUAUUAAUAAGAAUAAUACCAUUGGAAAUAAUCAGACACCAUCACAAUCACCAAGCCAAACACCAAGAAUAAAACCAUCAAAAGCUUCACCAACGACAGGAACAGAAAAGGCUGAAAAGAAGAGACCAAAGCUGGCUGCCACUAGACAAAGUAGUAGCUUUAUGGAUUGGAUAUCAGAGACUCUAUUCUCCUAAUCAAACUAAGCCAGGCCAAAGGCGCAAAAGAAGAAGAAGAAUCAUAAUAGUAACUGCUUUAUAUAUCUAUCUAUAUCUAUAUCUAUAUUUCUUUCUCUUUCUCUGUGAGUGGGUAAGAUAGAUUGAUAGGUCCAUGAAUGGGUACAUCUUGCUUCCUAGAGAAAUAACAUACACACAUACAGAGUGAGAGAAAGGGAAAGGGAAAUAUGAAUUGCACAGUUUUAUUUACUUUCUAUCUUUUGUUUCAUCAUUUUAAAUACAAUAGAAAUAAUAAGUGAUUGAGCAAUAGGUAUAUAAAACGUAGGAACAUAAAAUAGUGCGCAAAUUAUUAACAAGAUUAACAAGUUUGUUUCAUGAAAUAAACAUCUACAUCUACU